CCUGUUCUGUCCGCACGGUCCCUCCGCGAGCACGGGGCAUCGGGCUCGCCUGGCUCCGGGAGCAGCAGGCUGGUGUUUGAACUUGCAACGCAGCUCGCUUUCUCCCAGAUCCUACCUCACGGCCCCAUUUGGUGGUAUUUAAAUAAGUCUUCCCCAACACCGGAUGGGAUUCCAUCUUCAGACACAGCCAACGAUGCCAUGGACCCCUUCCAUGCUUGCAGUAUUCUUAAGCAACUCAAAACAAUGUACGACGAAGGACAGUUGACAGAUAUUGUAGUGGAAGUGGAUCACGGGAAAACAUUCUCCUGUCAUAGAAACGUUCUUGCUGCAAUCAGCCCUUAUUUCAGAUCCAUGUUCACUAGUGGCCUUACAGAAAGUACUCAAAAAGAAGUUCGAAUAGUCGGUGUUGAAGCUGAAUCGAUGGAUUUAGUGUUGAACUAUGCUUACACCUCCAGAGUUGUUCUGACAGAGGCCAACGUUCAAGCCUUGUUCACGGCUGCUAGCAUCUUCCAGAUUCCUUCCAUCCAAGACCAAUGCGCUAAGUACAUGAUUAGUCAUUUGGACCCACAGAAUUCUAUUGGUGUCUUCAUCUUUGCUGAUCAUUAUGGUCAUCAGGAACUCGGAGAUAGAUCGAAAGAAUACAUUCGUAAAAAGUUUCUGUGUGUCACCAAAGAACAAGAGUUUCUCCAGUUGACAAAAGACCAACUGAUAAGUAUACUAGACAGUGAUGAUUUAAAUGUAGACCGAGAAGAGCAUGUUUAUGAAAGCAUCAUAAGGUGGUUUGAACAUGAACAGAAUGAAAGAGAAGUGCACCUUCCAGAAAUUUUUGCCAAAUGCAUACGUUUUCCUCUGAUGGAAGAUACCUUUAUAGAGAAAAUCCCACCUCAGUUUGCACAGGCUAUAGCCAAAAGCUAUGUAGAGAAGGGACCACCCAACACUAAUGGCUGUACACAGAGACUUGGAAUGACUGCAUCUGAAAUGAUCAUAUGUUUCGAUGCUGCCCACAAACACUCAGGAAAGAAGCAAACAGUGCCUUGUCUAGAUAUAGUCACAGGAAGAGUGUUUAAGUUAUGCAAACCACCAAAUGAUCUAAGAGAAGUAGGUAUUCUAAUAUCGCCAGAUAAUGACAUUUACAUUGCAGGAGGGUACAGGCCCAGCAGCAGUGAGGUGUCCAUCGACCAUAAGGCCGAAAAUGAUUUCUGGAUGUAUGAUCAUUCCACCAAUAGGUGGCUAUCUAAACCAUCCUUGCUUCGAGCCAGAAUAGGCUGCAAAUUAGUGUAUUGCUGUGGAAAGAUGUAUGCAAUUGGAGGUCGUGUUUAUGAGGGUGAUGGGAGAAACUCCCUAAAAUCUGUGGAGUGCUAUGACAGCAGAGAAAACUGUUGGACGACUGUUUGCGCAAUGCCUGUUGCAAUGGAGUUCCAUAAUGCUGUGGAGUACAAGGAGAAGAUCUAUGUUUUACAGGGAGAAUUUUUCCUCUUCUAUGAGCCUCAAAAAGACUACUGGGGUUUUUUAACCCCUAUGACUGUGCCUAGAAUCCAGGGCUUAGCAGCUGUAUACAAAGACUCUAUCUACUACAUAGCUGGAACCUGUGGAAAUCAUCAGCGUAUGUUUACUGUAGAAGCCUAUGAUAUUGAGCUAAAUAAAUGGACUCGUAAGAAGGACUUUCCAUGUGAUGAGUCCAUAAAUCCGUACCUUAAACUGGUACUUUUCCAGAAUAAACUCCAUUUAUUUGUUCGAGCUACUCAAGUGACUGUUGAAGAACAUGUCUUCAGAACCAGCAGAAAAAAUUCCCUUUACCAAUAUGAUGACAUCGCUGACCAGUGGAUGAAAGUGUAUGAGACCCCAGAUCGCCUUUGGGAUCUUGGCCGGCAUUUUGAAUGUGCUGUUGCUAAACUCUAUCCUCAGUGUCUUCAGAAAGUACUUUAAUGAGUAGCAGGCCUUAGUGAGCUCACUGACAUCUUGUGCUUGGGGAAACCUAGUCAUUCAGUAAUAUAAGAAGUACUGUCAGUAUUUAGGAAAGCUGAGGGAGUUUGUACACGCAAGUGGGUGCUCUUAAAGAUUACUGUGUAGGGAGGGAUUUCUUUUCAUAUUUGUGAUAUUUUCAUUUCAGUAAGCAAAAGGUAACAAAGUGCAAUUGUCAUCAUUGUUUUCUGGUAUAAAAGCAAUCAUUUUCAUUCUAGAAUUUUGUGAUAAAUAGUCGCUGAGAUACCAGAUGAAUUAAUAACUAUGCAGUCUUAUAAGAGCAGUUAGGGUAUUAUUGGUUAGAGACUUCCAAACUAGUUUGAUGUGACUUUUUAUUUUAAAUACGGGUAAAAAUCUGAGGCAAUAUCACUAGGACUUUAGCUGUGACCUCUCAAACAGAGAAGCACUAACUUAGAUCCUCAUUCUUAAUAUAUAUGUAUAUUUAUGUACUGUUUUUCAGUGUACUGAGAUUUAAAUGUUUUAAUAGAGUAGAUUGAAGGAAAAACAAAUCAUCUCAGAAAGAACUUUAAGUCUGAUUAUUUUGUAUUUCCCAUGUAACUAAAUUAAGCUAAGUUGUAAAGUAGCAGUUUUCUGUUGCUAACUUUUUCAAGUGCUAACACUGUUUCAUUUUAAAACAUCCUGAAAAGGGCUCAAAUUCACAGGUGGCUGGUGCUAGUAUAAUUCAUGUGUAUAUCUAGACAGACGUAAAUUGUCUGAGCCUAUGCUUACCUUUGAAAUUGGUAUGUUGGUUUUGUGGCCGUAGUACUAUACCUGUUGAACUCUUGUGAUUGCACAAGAUUCUCUACUUACAUGAUAGCAAGAUAUGGCCAGUUAUUGGUCUAACUGGAGUCAGUCUUAGAAUAGUGAGAACAUGAUACUCAGUUUGCACUAACACGGGCCAUUUUGUUGCCUGACCUCCUUUUCCAUCCUCUACCUGUCAAGUCUGUAUCGGUACAACGAAAGGUAACUUAUUUCUCUUCUGCACAGAGCAUAAUGUGAAGUUUUACACCUACUUUUAAGAUUCUGUUUUUCAGAAACAUAAAACUCCUGCAGUGGUUGAAUUUAAUGGCUUUUAAGUUACAUACGACGAUUAAAACCUCAUUUUUAUUUUUAUUUUUGCACUUAACAGUGAUGAAUAAUUUUACAUUGAAAAUCUUGUUCUAGCUGAAGGUGACUGAGAAAGAAAAGAGUAAGUAAGUAGAACCAUAGCAUUCUAGGUACUAAAUCAUGUUUCAGAUUUAACUGAUGGAUUUCUAACAAUCAGUUAAGAAUAUUCACAUAAAGGACAAACCAACUUUUAUAAUACCUAAGGUAGAUAUGUGGUAACUUAUUUUUUACCAUACUUAGAAUAAUUAAUAAAGGAUAUAAGUGUAGCCCAGAGCCUGUUCUCAACUAGAAUAUUUUGAUUUUCUUAAGCAAACUGGCAUGGUUUGUAUUAGAAAUUCUUGUACAAAUUGUAAUGUGAUACUGUGAAACAAAUUUAAAACAUUGCGUCUUCGCAUCACAUACCUCAUUUUUCAGAAACUUUCCAAACUGCUUGUCUUAGACCUCUACAAGUAGGGAAUAUUUUCUGAAGAAGAAUUCAAAGUAGACAGAAUUUAUAGAAUUAAUGUUUUAAAAUCUAGUCUUGGGAAGCUAGAUAUGUUUUUUUCUUAUUGGCCUUGAGAGUGUGUCUAUAAUCUCUUUAUAAACUUUGUCCAACUAAAACCAGUUUUUCUUUAUCUUCUCUUUUCUUUAUUUUCAUGCUGUUUGGGAGCUAUUUCUGUGUGUUUUUUGAAGCAUCUUUACAGUGUUGCAUUGUAGAGGGGAGGGGAAAACAAAAAUAACUAAUGUUUGCAAGAGAUAUUCAUGUAAUUUAUUUUUGAAAGUUUUGUUGAAUAUCUAAGAUUUCCUGCCGCUUUUUGACAAUCUUCUGUAUUUAUUUAGGAAAAAAAAUGUGUUACUUGAAAACAUGACAUAGAGCAUUGAAUUAGUAAUUUACAUGUGCCGUAUGAUAUAGAGGAGUACAACAUACUGUGGUUAAUUCUACAGUAGAUUUAUUCUGUUGAUCUGCACAACAGUUGGUCCUUUUGCUAUAACAAUUUAUGUUGAGGGUGUGAUUUAAGUAUAGUGUGUCAAAGCCAAGGUUUAGGAUUUUCUAUGGGAGUAGAAUAUAUAUUGAAUUUUGUAUGAAGAACUAUUUGUUUAAAUUAUAUAGCUGGGAUAUUUUGCCACUUUUAAAAUGAUUUCAGAAGAAGUCCUAGAAAAUUAAGAUUAGUAAUAUGUGUGGGUAUAUGUUUAAUAUUUAAGGUACAUUUGCAUAAUAUGUUGAGAAAAUAUAAGUAAAAGGCACAAUGGGUACCACAGAACUAAAAUAAAGGUCUAAAAUAUGCCAGUUCCACUUUAACUUUUUUAUUGCAUUUGAAGAAUGUAUGUAGCACUUUCCUAUAUAUUUUUUACAUGUUGAAAACUGGACUUGGUAUAACUAUAUUAUAGGAAAGUUUGAGUUGUAUUCUUUAUUUUCCAUCUUUAUUUUCUGUUAUCCUACAAAGUUGAUGCUGAAGCGUUAAGCUGAUCUCACUGGUGCAUGAGAAAAAGUAGAUGUGAUCUGCACAGAAUCAGAUUCCCAAUGUGAAGCAGUUUAAAAUGUCAUUUAAUGUUCAGUACUCAGGUAUGUAGUACGUACUGUAGUCCUUUGGGGGCACAUGUGUAGAUAUUUUUAAACAAUUUGCCAUAAUUGCACAAUUUUUUGCAUUUUUAUCUGAUGGCAUUGUUUCUUAUAAUAAAACCUUUUCUGAUUGAAAA